AUAUAUAGAUAAACGGUAAAAUCUAGAUCUACCGAGAACGGAAACAAUAUGAAAUCUUCCGAAAUUGAUGUCGAUGGGAUUAUACGUGCUCUGGGAGAAUCUACAUUUUUUCACACCACACAAUGCAUUCUGAUCUGUGCUUCACAACUAUUAGCAACAACCAACAGCUUUUUCUAUAUAUUCUUUGCCAUCACUCCUGAAUACAAAUGUAACAAUCUGACAGAUUCUCAGUUCAACCAAUACAACAUAUCGAUCAAUGAAGUCAGUCUGACAUAUGAUAAAUGCUCCAUACACAUCAAUAAUGAUGAAGGGAAUACGACCGAGAACCAAACAUUGAACUGUCUGAAUGGCUAUUACUAUACCACACCAGCUGAUAUGUCUAUAGUGUCAGAGUGGGAUCUGGUGUGCAACAAAGGUGGACUGGCUGAAUCGACUCAAACAGUUUUUAUCUUAGGUCAAGUCAUCAGUGGUCUUAUGUCGCCAUAUUUGAUUGAAAGAUUUGGACGGAAACCUAUAAGAGUGUCAAGUAAUUUUAUGUUGAUACUCUUCAACCUUGUAGCUGCAUUUUCGCCGUUUUACUGGACGUUUGCAAUCAUGAGAUUUUUCACUGGAGUAUUAAGAGAGACUUAUGUUAUCAGCUCUAUAACGUUGGUUUGUGAGUUAUACCCAAAAGAAAAACGUAUUAUUAUGUCUGGUCUAUUUAUGUUUAUCUGGAACAUAUAUUCUACUAGUACUGGUUUCAUAGCAUAUAUGUUGAAGGAUUACGGAUGGAAUACGUAUUUCUUGCUUAACGCUGUUCUGUCCGGAUAUUUUAUUAUAGAUUUCUUUUUCCUGGAGGAAUCUGUCAGGUGGCUAUUUGCAAAUUCGAAAAUGAAAGCAGCUGAGAAAAUUAUCAGAAAAGCAGCAAAACAAAAUAAAGUUGACUUUGAUGAAAUCUGGUGUAGAUUUGUAAAAGAUACUGUGCUACCAGAAACUGACGGUCAAGUGAAUGAAACCAGUCUUCAGAGCCGAAGUAGUGAACCUAGUCCCCCAGUCACAGCAGUCGUCGAUCAUACGCAACCACAAAGUGAAGAAGAAUCCUCGGUGUUUGUCAAGUUACUUACUAUUUUUAAAUCACCAUAUUUGAGGAAAGUUACUAUCGUCGUGUCUAUAGAAUGUGCUGUAAAUACAGCGUCACAGAACAUGAUUAUAUUUAUGAUGGAGGUUUUUGAUGGAAACAUCUAUAUCAACAUGAGUAUAUUUUAUUUCCUUGCAAUAAUAACAGUGGGUCUUGCGGCUGCAUUAGCGAAACGAUUCGGUCACAAAUUUUCCUUAACAUGUUUCAAGACGGGUGUUGCCGUAUGUAUUAUAUCGGCAUCUCUGAUAAAAAUAUGGGCAGAGGACAGUGAAUCGAUGGAGUACGUUUUUCUUGCAUUGUAUCUUGUGUCUGCUGCUGGAUUGAAUGCUGCUACUGCCAACGAUUACAUAUACACCUCAGAACUAUAUCCAACACAGAUACGGAGUGCUGGAAAUGGUUUUGCCACGACUUUCAUGCGGAGUGUAUGCAUGAUAGCGCCUUAUUUCAAACUCUUGGCUUUGGCUAUUCCUUGGGCGCCUGGUAUUAUUAUUGGAAUCGCUUCUUUAUGUUCUACUGUAAUGCUUCGAGUUUGUUUACCAGAAACAGGAAACCGGGUUUUACCACAGACAAUUGAAGAAGUUAAUAAAAUGGAACAAGAAAAUAAGAAGAAUAGUGUAAAAAUCCAAUGAAUAUCGUUAGAAAACGCUGUAACAAUACGACAAAUAUAUCAACGAUAUAAUCGUUACAAUAUGAGGAGACUAGAUAUGAUCAGAGUUAAGAAUGAUUACAUUUUUUUAAAAUUCAAAAUACGAAGGUCAUAUUUCUCUAACAUAUCUAUAAAAUAUAUUAUGAUUAUAGCAAAUUUUUGACUCUUUCUUCUAUCAUUAGACGCAAAGGGCUCUUCACCAAAUGUCUUUCUCUCCUAUAAUCUCCAGUUAAAAGUAUUUAGCUACUUCACACAAUAUGCUUGUAUACCUGUAUAUAUGUAAUUGUGUGUUUAUGCAUGAGUGUAUGUCUAUCUAUCUACCUAGCUAGCUAUCUCGCUAUCCAUCUAUGCGUAUAUCUUUCUUACUCGCUCCCUUUGCAGAAAUAUGUGUG